AUGCUUAGAUACGCCCGUAUUCUUCAACGUCUCAACGAUUAUCCACAACUUACAGAGCUUUCUCGGCGAGCGUUGGGCUGGAUUGCAUGCUCGCCAAUACCUCUUAAAAUCCAAGAGCUGACCUGUGCUCUGAGUAUAGAAUCAAAUUUUGGUGGAAAAUUGCCUCGAGCUGAAUGGUUACUCAAUGCAAUUCAGCUUUGUGGUCCUAUUGUUGAGAGAUCUGGUGACUAUGUGCAUUUCGUACACUUCACCGUAAAAGAGUAUCUCAUUUCCCGGAAGAGGAACAAUUUCGUUCAAAUGCUAGAAGCGAAUCUUGAAAUGACCAAGACAUGCUUGCAUUACCUAUGCCUUGAUAUCUUUGAUCCUGAAAUUGAGGAUCAACAAAUCAAAGAGAAUUUACUGUCAGGAGCGUAUCGUCUACAUUGGUUUGCAUCUACACAGUGGGUGGAGAUACUUCGACAUUGUGCAAUAUCACUUCAUGAUCGGGCCCCACCGGAUGAUUUGAUCACUACACUGAAGACUUUUGGGGAACGUCGCGAAAAUACAACCUUCCAAGAUAGCUCCUCCAGCUAUGGCGAUUGGUCGAGUGAUCAUUUUGAGGCUUUCAAGGGUAAGCACCCAGAAAUAUAUAGGCUACUUGACCAAACGCUCAAAUUUUGGCAUCUUGAUACUGGUAAUUGGAAACUGGAUUAUGAGGGUAUGUGA